CCUCUGGGGAAGUUUUCUGGUCAUCGGACGAGUCUUUGAUUUUUUGAGCCUUGGCUUUGUGGAUUUGUGUAGAGCAAGGACGAUGAUAUCCGCAUUGCGAUCGGUUUAGGUCAAUCUGCUGGUGAUGCAUGCCUGGACGUGGCUUGGAUAGCCUCUGGUGCCGAGGCGCGGUGAUAAGAAGAGCUAGGAGGUCAGGAACUGGUGGCGAAGGUGUGCGCAACGAAUUGAAUCGCAGUAGCAUGUUUGCUGAUGCAGUGUAGGCCACUGCGUAUUCCGUGUUUUGAAAGAGUAGCAAGCCAAGAUGCAGAAAGAGAAAUGGAAUGGUCCUUCUCCUCCUCUAUCUCCGAACUUGCAUGUACCCAAACAUCGGUCGAGGAAGCGGAGCACUGAAGAAAAUCGGACUUCACACGAUUCAGCGAAAGCCAAUGGAGACACGAAUUUACUUGUUAACGAUCAAAAUAAGUAUAAGAGUAUGAAGACUCGUGUACUUUCGUCAGUUUGGAUGAUCGGAGGAUUUGUCGGGAUCGUUUAUAUGGGGCAUCUGUACAUUUGGGCUAUGAUAGUGGUUAUCCAGUUAUUUAUGGCUCAAGAACUUUUCACUCUCGCAAGGGCAGCUCAAAGAGGGAAGAAUGUUCCUGGAUUCCGCCUUUUAAACUGGUUUUUCUUCAUCACAGCCAUGGUGUACGUAUAUGGACGCUUUUUGAGCAAGCAGUUAGUGAAGACCAUUUCCUCAGACAAAAUGCUUCUACUCAUCUUCAGUGGCUUGAUACAGUAUCACAUGAUUAUUUGCUACUUUAUGUAUAUUGCAGGGUUUGUUUGGUUCAUUUUGACGCUGAAAAAAGGGAUGUACCAAUCCCAAUUUGGGCAAUACGCGUGGACCCACAUGAUCUUAUUUGUUGUAUUUGCCCAGUCAUCAUUUACGGUGGCAAAUAUAUUUGAAGGCAUUAUUUGGUUCUUGUUGCCCUGCUCUCUGAUAGUUAUAAAUGAUAUCGCAGCCUAUUUUUUCGGGUUCUAUUUCGGUCGGACACCUCUUAUCAAGUUAUCUCCAAAGAAGACAUGGGAGGGAUUUAUUGGAGCUUCCGUUACAACUGUCCUCUCUGGCUUUCUGCUGGCGUAUUUCAUGGGCAGCUUUACGUGGUUGACCUGUCCGCGGAAGGACCUCUCCACCGGAUGGCUGUAUUGUGAUCCCGGUCCUAUGUUCAAACCAAACUAUUACUCACUGGACAGGAUAUCUGCCUGGGUUCCGAUGCCUUGGAAUGAAGUGGGUAUCAUGCCUGUUCAGAAGCAUGCGAUGGCUCUAGGGCUUUUUGCAUCAAGCAUUGCUCCUUUCGGAGGCUUUUUUGCUAGUGGUUUUAAACGUGCCUUCAAAAUUAAGGACUUUGGGGAUAGUAUCCCAGGUCACGGAGGUAUCACUGAUCGAAUGGAUUGCCAGAUGGUAAUGGCCGUAUUUUCUUACACGUAUCAUCAAUCAUUCAUUGCACCUCGAACGUACUCAGUUGACACAUUACUUACACAGAUUUUGGGACACCUAUCAGCGGAAGAGCAAUUUGUCUUGUAUCAACAGCUGGCCGAGGUUUUGACUUCAAGGGAGCAGAUAAGAUAGUUCAAUUCUGUAAAGUUUGUUCUUUCUGAUUGUAGUUCAGUUGGACCCAGUUCUUGAGUCUCUUAUCCUAAAACAUGGUACUGCGUGUAUUAUAGUAGGUGGAGGCAGACUGUGAUAUAGAAGUGAGGAUUUGUAGGUUGAUUUCUUUGAUAGUUAGAGGAAAAUAUUAAAUUCUCUCCUUGCAGGAUGGAACUUAUUGGGUGUAACAAAACGGUUCUCGGUUCCCUAGCCCUAUUUCCCCUUAGUUGUAAUUCUUUAGGAUCAUCAGUGCAAUAGGUCGACCGAACUGCCGUCAGAUGCAAGUUCCGCGCUCGUUCUAUAGAUCACCUAGCAGGUUCAGACAUCACGUUGUAGGUUCAUAGCCGUGCACACCUCCCGAGCCCAGUUGUUAAAAAAAAUAAUGAGCUUUAGUCAUCAUACAGGGAUCCACUGUAUCUGCAAAAUAGGAGUAUUGUCAUACUCAGUACUGACCCUUGAUCAUAUUCAACAGUACAAUCUGUUUGAAAGAGAUACUAGUUUUCAGGUGCAUUGACUUGACAACUCCGAAUUUGCUAGGUCCAGAAAUGAUGAAAUAGGUAGGUUGUAGUUGCACUCCAGAGCACGGAGGUUUCUCAUACUCAGUAGAGUUUCAAGGCGUUCACUCUGGGCAAUGUACUUUAUGUUAUGGGCUAAAUUUACGUUUCUGUCUCUCGGCUCUCAAAGGAUGAUGGAACUCUUUUUCCUUUUCUAUCCAAUAUCCUUAGAGAUUUAUGGAGAGGAGCACACCUCAGCUAGGACGAGAGGUCUAUGCCGCUGUGAGAGGCAAAUACUAUUUGAGUUUCGUCCUUCAGCAAAGAAUGUUUGUCACUCUACUUUACAGGUCACCUUGAUGAAGUCAAGCAGUUUGAAUUGGGUGAGAUUCAAGCGAGCUGCUGACAGAAAUGAGAAAAAAGCAAGAUGUACAGUACAUCGGUUUUCGAUGUCAUUCGUCUACAGUAAAUUAUUCCAUUGUAAAUGGAGGUGUCCAUCCAAACUGCAACUGGCUAUAAGUAAUUUUUGUCUUCCCAUGCUAUAAUUCGUCAAUUUCG